AUGAUGCGUCCCAUUUCUAAGGCACCGCUGCGUGCCUUGAGCAUGUCGCGAGCGCGUCAGCCCUUUCCAACAUCGUCUGGCUGGCGUAUGCUGACUUCGUCUGCUCGUGUUGCCAAUGUGCAAUCUAGCAAGCCAUCGCCACCUUCCCCGAAUGACUCAUUUGCCAACACCACCAAUGCAUUCUAUGCUGAACAAAUGUACCGUCACUGGAAGGAAGACCCUAAGUCGGUGCACAGUAGCUGGGAUGCUUAUUUCUCUGGUUUGGACAACGGCUUGCCGAGCAGCCAGGCUUUCCAGCCAGCUCCCAGCCAGCUGGCCAUGCCCGGCACUGGCGGUAUUGAACAGGCGCCUGACCAUCCUGCUGAUGACUACUUGAAGCUUCAGCUGCUGGUGCGUGCUCACCAGGUUCGUGGUCAUAUGCUCGCUAAGAUCGAUCCCCUUGGUAUUUUGGACUCGGAGCGUGCCAAGAACGUGCCUAAGGAGAUGGACCCUUCUUACUACGGCUGGUCUGAAAAGGAUCUUGACAAAGAGAUGCAGCUUGGUCCUGGUGUGCUGCCUAACUUUGUGAGCAAGGGCACCAAGACCUUGACGAUCCGUCAGAUCAUCGACGCGUGCCGCAGCACGUACUGUGGCUCGAUCGGUUACGAGUACGUUCAUGUGCCUGACCGUAAGAAGUGUGACUGGCUGCGUGCGCGCAUUGAAGUUCCUGAGCCGUACAAGUACUCUGUGGAGGAGAAGCGCCGGAUCUUUGACCGCCUGACCUGGUCUGACUCGUUUGAGCGUUUCAUUGCCUCAAAAUACCCGAAUGAAAAGCGUUUCGGUCUUGAGGGUGCUGAGUCCAUGAUUCCUGGUAUCAAGACCAUUAUUGACCGUGCGGUCGAGUUCGGUGUGAGCUCAGUUACCAUGGGUAUGCCUCACCGUGGCCGUCUCAAUGUCCUGGGUAACGUUAUUCGCCGCCCUAUUGAGGGUAUUUUGCACCAGUUCGCUGACCACUCGAACGAGGACGGUGGUGGUGACGUAAAGUACCACCUGGGUGCCAACUACGUUCGUCCGACGCCUAGCGGAUCAAAGGUCUCUCUUUCGCUUGUUGCUAACCCUUCGCACUUGGAAGCUGAAGACCCUGUUGUGCUUGGUAAGACUCGUGCUAUUCAGGAGUUCAACAAGGACAAGGAGCACAAGACCUCGAUGGCUUUGCUGUUGCAUGGUGACGCUGCCUUUGCUGGUCAGGGUGUCGUGUACGAGACCAUGGGCAUGUACAACCUGCCAAAGUAUGCCACGGGUGGUACUAUCCACAUCAUUGUGAACAACCAGAUUGGUUUCACGACGGACCCUCGCUUUGCUCGUUCGACCAUGUACCCGUCUGACAUUGCGAAGAGCAUUGAGGCUCCGAUCUUCCACGUCAACGCCGAUGAUGUGGAAGCUGUCGACUUUAUUUGCAAGCUUGCUGUGGACUACCGCAAUGAGUUUAAGAAGGAUGUGGUGAUUGACUUGAUGUGCUACCGUCGUCAUGGCCACAACGAAAUCGACCAGCCGUCGUUCACUCAGCCGCGUAUGUACGAGGCUAUUGCCAAGCAGGUGCCCACGCUUAAGCAUUACGCCAAGCGCCUGGUUGACGAGGGCUCCUUUACACAGGAGGAGGUCGACGAGCAUGAGAAGUGGGUGUGGGGUAUGCUGCAGGAGGCGUACGAGAAGAGCAAGACGUACGAACCUGAAGAGCGUCAGUGGCUCUCAAGCGCUUGGGAGGGCUUCCCAUCGCCGAAGGAGCUGAAGGAAAACAUCCUCGAGCAGCGUGAGACUGGUGUGGACUUGGAGCGUCUCAAGUACAUUGGCAAUGCCGCGUCGUCGUACCCUGAGGGCUUCACUGUGCACAAGAACCUGGUGCGUAUUCUGAAGAACCGCAUCAAGGCUGUGGAGUCGGGCGAAGGCAUUGACAUGAGCACGGCCGAGGCCCUCGCCUUUGGUUCGCUGGCCAUGGAGGACAUCUUUGUCCGUAUUUCGGGUCAGGAUGUGGAGCGUGGUACGUUCUCUCAGCGCCACGCUGUGCUUCACGACCAGAAGAACGAGGAGACCUACACCCCGCUCGACCAUCUCUCGGAAGACCAGGCUCCAUUCUCGAUUUGCAACAGUUCGUUGUCUGAGUACGGUGCCCUCGGUUUCGAGCUCGGUUUCUCGCUUGUUGACCCGAAGAACCUGACCAUUUGGGAGGCGCAGUUCGGUGACUUUGCCAACACUGCUCAGUGCAUUAUUGACCAGUUCAUUGCUUCGGGUGAGCACAAGUGGCUCCAGCGUACUGGUCUGGUCCUCAACCUGCCUCACGGUUACGAUGGUCAGGGUCCUGAGCACUCGAGUGCCCGUAUUGAGCGCUUCUUGCAGCUUUGCGAUGACCACCCGUACCACUUCCCGACGAAGGAGGAGCUGCAGCGCCAGCACCAGGACUCCAACAUGGCUGUGGUAUACUGCACUACGCCUGCCAACGUUUUCCACGUUCUUCGUCGCCAGGUCCACCGUGACUUCCGCAAGCCUCUUAUCCACCUUUUCAGCAAGUCGUUGCUGCGUCAUCCGGAGGCUCGCUCGAAGCUGGAGGAUAUGGGUCCGGGCACUUACUUCCAGCGCUACAUUCCGGAGCCUCACAACUCGGAAGGCAAGGAUGAGCUUGUGCCUCCGGAGGAGAUCAAACGUCACAUUCUUACUUGCGGUCAGACGUACUUCGCUCUUUUGCAGUACCGUCGUGAGAACAACAUCAAAGACGUGGCUAUCUCGCGUAUUGAGCAGAUUGCGCCUCUGCACUACGAAGCUCUUGUGGAGAGCUUGGACAAGUACCCCAACGCUGACUUGAUGUACGCCCAGGAGGAGCCGCUGAACAACGGUGCCUGGUCGUACCUGGAGCCGCGUCUGCGCACGACGUGCAACCACACUGAGCACCACAAGGGCAAGGAGUUCAUGGUGGCUUCGCGUCCGCCGUCGAGCUCGGUGGCCACGGGUAACAAGGGCGCUCACCAGGCUGAGCUCAAGGCUUACGUGAAGGCUGCGUUCAACCUGGACCGUAGCGUGCACGAUGACCACUAA